AUCAAACACCGAAGCGGCGAAAGACUCAAACUUAGGAUUGGUAUCCAUUCGGGUCCGUGUGUUGCCGGAGUCGUGGGCCUCAAAAUGCCUCGAUAUUGUCUGUUUGGUGACACUGUCAACACAGCAUCAAGUUCCUUGAAGGUGAAGGAGUUUAGCUAA